CCGCCGGGCGGUGUGUGGCGGCGGCCGCGAGACCACGCGGAGGAGGACCCGGCCGGGGACGCGACGGGGCCCGGGUCCGAGCGCUGGUCCCCACCCAGGGACCCGCCCCUGCCCGCCGCGAGAAAGCAGCCCCCUCCUUGCAGGAUGGACGAGGAGAGCCUGCAGACCGCCCUCCGCACCUACGACGCGCAGCUGCAGCAGGUGGAGCUGGCCCUGGGCGCCGGCCUGGAUCCCUCCGAGCUGGCGGACCUGCGCCAGCUGCAGGGGGACCUGAAGGAGCUGAUCCAGCUCACCGAGGCCAGCCUGGUGUCUGUCAGGAAGAGCAAGCUGCUGGCCACACUGGAUGGAGAGCGCCCAGCCCGGGAAGAUGCUGAUUGCUUGGCUUUCCAGAAGGCCGUUGCUGAGGGAGCCGAGGUGCCAGGAGCCCCUGGGGCAGAGCUGGAGACGGUUCCUAAGGCAGAGACAGGGCCUGGACCCACCGAGCCUGAGCAGGAGGAGGAAGAGGGGGAGGACGAGGAGGACGGGGCAGAGCUGAGCGGCAGGAAGGUGAACGCCCCCUACUACAGUUCAUGGGGCACCCUGGAGUAUCACAACGCUAUGAUCGUGGGCACCGAAGAGGCAGAGGACGGCUCCCCCGGCGUCCGGGUGCUCUAUCUCUACCCCACGCACAAGUCCCUGAAGCCCUGCCCCUUCUUCCUGGAGGGGAAGUGCCGCUUCAAGGAGAACUGCAGGUUCUCCCAUGGGCAGGUGGUCUCUGUGGAGGAGUUGCGCCCCUUUCAAGACCCAGACCUGAGCUCUCUGCAGGCCGGCUCUGCCUGUCUGGCCAAGCAGCAGGACGGCCUCUGGUACCCAGCACGGAUCACUGAUGUGGAUAGCGGCUACUACACAGUCAAGUUUGACUCUCUGCUGUUGAAGGAGACCGUGGUGGAGGGGGACAGCAUCCUGCCCCCACUGCGCACGGAGCCCACAGGGUCCUCUGACUCAGACAGCAGCGAUGCAGACGACCCCAGCUAUGCUAGAGUGGUGGAACCCAGCGCUGCUGACCCCGGGACCUGCAGCUCCGCCUUCGCUGGCUGGGAGGUGCACACACGAGGCAUUGGCUCCAGACUCCUCGCCAAGAUGGGCUAUGAGUUUGGCAAGGGUCUGGGCCGACACUCGGAGGGCCGGGUGGAGCCCAUCCAUGCCGUGGUGCUGCCGCGAGGGAAGUCGCUGGACCAGUGUGCGGAGAUCCUGCAGAGGAGGACCCGGGCCAGCAAGGCCAGCACCAGCAGGCCCCCAAAAUGCCGGGGGAGAGGGGUUGGACCUGGGGGUCACCCACCCCCUCGGAGCGUGUUCGACUUCCUGAACGAGAAACUUCGGGGCAGGGCCCCCGGGGCCCUGGAGGCAGGGGCCGCGCCCGCAGGGAGGAGGAGCGGCAAAGAGGUGUACCAUGCCAGCAAGAGCACCAAGCGGGCCCUGAGCCUGCGGCUCCUCCAGACCGAGGAGAAGAUUGAGCAGACCCAGCGAGUCAUCCGGGGUAUCCAGGAGGCCCUCGCCCGCAACACCGGCCGGUACGUGCGGGCCUGGGCUCAGGGCAGGCUGGCCCUGAGCAAGGGUGGCCGGUCUGGGGGCGCUGUGGGUUGGAGGAUGAUGGGAGAGGCCUGGACGGGGGCUGGGCUGCCACGUGCAGAACCCAGGCUGAAUGGCAGGCCCCUCUCUAGGCACAGCGUGACGGUGGCCCAGCUGCAGGAGAAGUUGGCAGGCGCCCAGCGGCAGCUGGGGCAGCUCCAGGCCCAGGAGGCAGGCCUGCAGCGGGAACAGAGGAAGGCAGACACCCACAAGAAGAUGACCGAGUUCUAGGGCUCCCACGCGCCACACUCACAGAGCCUAGGGGCCCUGGCCCCACUGUCCUCUGCAAGACCAGCCGUCACCCAGCGACUCAGACGCCACCAGUAGAGGGGCCAGUCCAGCCCAGGCUAGACCCCACGGCUGGCCUUCCUGCCAGCCCAGGGCGCGUGGACACUGCUGAGGGGCGCUGGGGCUGGGGUUGCUUUUCAACACGAACUUGCCCCUUGAGCCCACCUGCCAGUGUCUUCAGGAGUCCGCUCAGGAUGGACAUUAAAGUGAUGUUGCUGUAGUAUCUCACUGGAA